AUGAGCGCUGUUGCUCCAAGUGGCUCUGAAAUGGUCGUCGAGUCUCCGGAUGAGCAGAGCCACGCCAGCGCGUCUUCCUCCUCCGACGACUAUACCAGCGGGACGACUACUGAAAGCAACGAAGAGGAAUCCGAAGAAGAUAAUGAGGAAGAAGAGUCUGAAGACGAAGACGAAGAGGAUGAGUCUGAAGAGGAUGAAGAUGAAGAGGAAGAGGAAGAGUAUGAAGAAGAAGAAGAGGAGGAAGAAGAGGAAGAGGAGGAAGAGAGCGAAGAAGAGGAGACGUCCGAGGAAUCUGAGGAGGAGACUGGGGAGUCUGAGGAGGACGAAGAGGAGACCAGCGAGGACGAGGAGCAGUCGGCGCAGAGCGCGCUCGGCCGGUUCCUCGCAGAGCACAGCCUUGAAAGCGGGAGCGAGCCGGAGUAA